AUGUCAGAGGAACAACACAAUUGGAAAUUUGCCCAAUGCUUUGGUGAUAAAGGUGACUCAGAUGAUAUUACAGAUGCUGAUAUCAUUUCAACUGUUGAGUUUGACCAAACGGGUGACUAUCUCGCUACAGGAGAUAAAGGUGGUCGCGUUGUUUUGUUUGAAAGAAACGAAAGUAAAAAGAGCUGUGAGUACAGGUUCUAUACAGAGUUUCAGUCCCAUGAGGCUGAAUUUGACUACUUGAAGAGUUUGGAAAUUGAAGAAAAGAUCAACAAGAUCAAGUGGUGUAAGAGACAGAAUUCAGCUCACUUUUUAUUGUCUACGAAUGACAAAACGAUCAAGUUAUGGAAGGUGUUUGAAAAGUCUCUCAAGUUAGUGACUGAACAUAGUGCUGCACCACCCGCUGCUACCUCCAAUACCCUUCGUUUGCCUCAAUUAACUCAUCACGAUACCAUUGUCGCUGCUGUACCUAGAAAAGUCUAUGCUAAUGCUCAUACUUAUCACAUUAAUUCCAUAUCCACCAAUUCUGAUGGAGAAACGUAUAUCUCUGCUGAUGACUUGAGGAUCAACCUGUGGAAUUUGGAUGUAUCUGAUCAAAGCUUCAAUAUUGUCGACAUUAAGCCAGCUAAUAUGGAAGAAUUAACAGAAGUCAUCACAGCCGCUGAAUUCCAUCCACAGCACUGCAACAUGUUCAUGUACAGUUCCAGCAAAGGAACGAUCAAAUUAUGUGACAUGAGACAGUCUGCCCUGUGUGAUCGACAGGCAAAAGUCUUUGAAGAGGUUGAGGAUCCUGCUCAUCGAUCAUUUUUCUCUGAAAUCAUCUCUUCUGUAUCUGAUAUCAACUUUAGUCACGAUGGUCGAUAUAUUCUUUCGAGAGAUUAUCUCACAUUGAAGAUUUGGGAUCUCAACAUGAACAAUAGACCUGUUCAGACCAUCAACAUCCAUGACCAACUGAGAUCGAGAUUAUGCGACUUGUACGAAAAUGACUGUAUUUUUGAUAAGUUUGAAUGUACCUUUAGCGGCGAUGAUAGCCAUGUCAUGACAGGAUCCUACAACAACACCUUCCAUCUGUAUGAUCGUGAAGGCAAGACGGAUAUUACGCUUCAAGCAGACAAGAGCGCUUUUAGAUCUAAACGCGUGGGUGCAAUGAAAAACAAGAUGUCUAUUGCUAGAAAUUCAGCCGCCUCUGGUGCUGAUAAUAUGGACUUUAGCAAGAAGAUUUUGCAUGCUUCAUGGCAUCCAAGAGAAAACACGAUUGCUAUUGCUGCAACUAAUAACUUGUUUAUUUUUACUGAACAAUAA